AUGGCGGAAUAUGGGCAGACGGCGAGACAUGUUGCACCUGCCGAGCUGGUGGCUGCCGGGAAGUUCACCGUUCCGUACGCCGUCAAUUUAACACUCUCCAGCACUGGCGGUUUGUUCUCGAACGACCUUUACAAGGUCAAAGAUACCAAUGGCGACGUGGUGUUCAAGGUGAAAGCUGCCUUCUUCAGCAGCCGCCGCCUCCUCCUCGACGCCAAAGGCACCCCUCUCCUCACCAUGAAACCCAAGUCAUUUAUCAGGCGCGGAACACGGAGAGUAUUCAGAGGAGAGAGCACCAGCCCCAACGAUUUGCUGUUCAGCGUGCGAAAGUCCAAGAUGUUCCAGCGGAAGGACCACUUUGAUGUGGUCUUGGCCACCAGCACUGACGAAGCUGCCCCGUGUGACUUUAAGAUAAUUGUACGAAGCAAGGAAUACACCAUUUAUAUUGGCGAAAUUGAUCAUGAAAUCAUAGCCCAAAUGAAUCGCAAGACUGAAUGUUGUGCAAGGGACAGACUAGAAAUAACAGUGAAUCAGAACGUGGAUUUCGCCUUCAUUGUGUCGUUGAUAGUCAUCCUUGAAGAGAUCAAGCCAAGUCGUCGAUCAGCUAUGUAA